AUUAAGUUCAAGUCAAUGAGCGAAAUAUAGCCUAAUACAUCCAAUAGGAUGAUAAUAAGUUUGGCAGGAAAAAGCUCCCGACCACCGUAGAAAAAACAAGAUGAACUUAAUUUGCGAAAUUGUCAAAUUUAUGUGCACAAAUAAUGGGAGGCAAAGAACGGUCAGAAGUCAGACUCGUCGACCAGAAUUAUUGAAUAAAUAUCUCUCAUUUCAUCUAACUGACGCUGAUCUGCCAGAGUAACUUACAAACCCUAAUCCCCAAAUCCUUUUAUUUGCUUUAUAGUUCAUCAAUCAUGGCAUUUCCUGCAACAAUUCGAUUAUCUUCUGCAAAAUUCCCAUCUCAAUUUCAACUGCUUUCAUUUGAACCAUCAAAACCCUAUUUAUAUAAAAAGUCUCUAACUUUUAAGCGUUUUAGAGUAAAUGCUUCAACCUCAAUUGGUUCUUCCAGUGUCACUGUUGCUGAUAAACCAUCUACUAUAAAAAAGAAUGAUUAUUGGCAAUGGAAAUUCAAUGACAAGUCCAUUAGUAUAUAUUUGGAGGAACAUGCAAAAGAGGGUUCUCAGCCUAGUAAAAAUAUGCUUAUGAUACCCACAAUUUCUGAUGUUAGCACAGUGGAAGAAUGGAGUUUGGUAGCUUCAGACAUUUUGCAAAGAGAUGGUAAUGAAUAUUUGAAGGCCACACUUGUUGACUGGCCGGGUUUGGGAAACUCAGAUCGGCCGAAAUUGGAUUAUACUGCAGAUGUUAUGGAGAAGUUCAUGGUUGACCUGAUCAAUUCCCCUGCUAGUCCUGUGUCUAAAUCUGGUAAUGAUUUGGUUGUUGUUGGGGGUGGGCAUGCUGCCACUCUAGCAGUUCUCGCUGCAAUGAAAGGAUUAGUGAAGCCAGCCGCUAUCGUAGCUGUAGCUCCUACUUGGGCAGGUCCUCUUCCUAUUGUUUUUGGACGCGAUUCCAAUAUGGAGAGCAGGUAUGGGUUUCUGAGGGGAACCUUAAGAGCCCCAGCGUUAGGUUGGAUGAUGUACAAUGUUUUGGUCAGCAAUGAAAAAGCAAUUGAAUCGCAGUAUAAGUCGCAUGUUUAUGCCGAUGCUGAAAAUGUGACCCCGGAAAUUGUGCAGAGCAGGUACGCCUUAACAAAGAAGGAAGGAGCUCGAUAUGUACCCGCAGCUUUCUUGACGGGUCUUUUAGACCCGGUUAAAUCUCGAGACGAGUUUCUUGAUAGUUUCGCACCUUUGGAGGGGAACAUUCCUGUUCUAGUAGUCUCAACUUUGGGUGCCCCCAAGAGAUCAAAAGCCGAGAUGGAAGCCCUCCGAGGGGCUAAAGGAGUCUCCAAAUUUGUCGAAGUACCUGGUGCUCUUUUGCCUCAGGAAGAGUACCCACCGGCCGUUGCGGAGGAAAUUCACAAAUUCUUACAAGAGAUUUAGAACUUGAAAUAGUACUAAUAUUAAACCAGGUAUUUUUAUGGAUUGAUGGUUGGUGGUUUAUAUGUAUCGUUUUAACCACAUUCCAAAAAUAAACCUUGAUAUCAACAACAGCAUAUAACUUCUAUAUUGAGUAUGUAUGAACUUUCCCCAAUAGUGUAUUGUUAAUUAUACUUGUUCCAUGUACAAUUGAUUUAGGUAAUGAAACAAAAGCUGUUUAAAUGCGGAA